CGGUAGGUGGGAUGGCUUUGUGUCGUGUGAGGGAGAAGCGAAGAGGAGAGGAGCGUCCCGAAGAAAGGGGAAGACUCCGUGAAUGAGCGUCUGGAAAAGCCGUGCUAACCCCGGGAAGAGAAGCAGCGUUUCAAAAACGGAGGACAGCUUCUCCUCUGGCGUCUUGCGGAAACAUCCACGCUCUGACUUCCAGUGUGCUUUUCGGGUGGUACCAUGGCUGAGGGAAGCUGCUUUGGUGCGUUGUAGCCGUUUGCCUCAAAGAGGAAGAGGGUAAAGCAAAGAAGAAAGAAUUGUGAGAGGAGGAGGGAAAACAUCUGCCCAGAGAGGAUAAGAUCAGCAGCCCAUCUGGAUCUGAACAGGGAACCUACUGGACCUUUCUCUUUGUAAGGAAAGGAAUUUGAACUCCUCGCGAUCAAAGCUUCAACAGGCUUCAAGACUUUUUUUUUUUUUUUUUUUUUUUUUUAAAUCAUUGGUUGUUACUGUCUCAGAAAAAUUUAACGCCAUGUGCCAUGUCAUUGUAACAUGCCGCUCCAUGCUCUGGACACUGCUCAGUAUUGUAGUGGCCUUUGCUGAGCUCAUUGCCUUCAUGAGCCCGGAUUGGUUGCUGGGAUACCCCCGGUCAGCCCCCAGUGUGACUGGGGCGAGUGUGGGCUCCGGGGAGUACCGGCCGUCUCUCGGCCUCUAUAGCCGCUGCCUUCGUGUCGGGUCCCGGGGACAGGGGAUCAGCUGUGGGCCCUACGCAGGGACAUUUGGAGAAGUGGCCAGUGGCUUCUGGAAGGCUGCCAUGUUGUUUCUGGCAGCAGGGACAUUGGUGCUAGGGUGUGUGGCCUGUAUCUCCAUCUUUAGCCUGUGUUUUCAGAGCAUCCUGAAGAAGAGCAUAUUCAACAUCUGCGGACUGCUCCAGGCUAUCGCAGGCCUGUUGCUGAUGGUGGGCCUCAUGCUGUACCCUGCCGGUUGGGGUUCAGACAAGGUGAUCAGCUACUGUGGCACCGAGGCCUCGCCCUUUAGGCCGUCUAUGUGUUCACUGGGCUGGGCGUUCUACGCUGCGAUCGGUGGGACGCUGGCAACCUUCCUGUGUGCGGUUCUGUCCGCGCAGGCUGAGAUCGCCACCUCUAGUGAUAAGGUUCAGGAGGAGAUUGAGGAGGGGAAGAGUCUGAUAUGCCUGCUCUGAACCUUGGGAAAUCAUCCUUGGUGUCAUCCCUCUCAUACGGACACCUGGAGGGAAGACAGACAUUUCUCUGAGUGAUUUUCUUCAUGAUAUAGUGAAUAAAAUCAGCUGAUUUUUGAAAAGAUAGAUUUUAAUCUUUAGGCAUGGUGUUUUCCUCUGAUACUGAAACCUACCUUAGUGUAUAGAACAUUACCCAUACACUUAUUCAGUGUUUUUUUUUUUUUUUACCAAGAUACUGUUUAUUUUUGUAAUAAUUCUUGCUUUAAACAAACCACUGUACUGGAGUAAUAGAGAGAUUAGUGUCAUUGUGGACAGUUUAAACCCUGCCAGUAAAACAGUGUGUAUGUUUGUAACGUCAUUAUAAUGUUCAUUCACACGCUUCACCUGCAAACCACAUCAAACCACUGAUUACUAGCAGAUGUGCCCACUAAAACACGUAACUGUGUGUCUGUGUGUGUCUGUCUGUGUGUGUGUGUGUGUGUGUGUGUGUGUGUGUGUGUGUGAGAGAGACAUUAACUAUUAGGAUUAGAUUAGAUGUCCAUGUGCUCUGAUUCUGUGGCCCAGUAGGACAGUGAAGACUCCCUUGUUAACUUUAGACGUGCCACUUAAGGGAUUGUUCCCUUCAAAGGGAGUUCCUUUUGUUAAAUGGAUUGUUUGUGGGUCUAUUGCAGCUUAAUAACUGGCAGAGCAUGUGCAGAGAAAGAACAGAGACUUGCCAUGUGUUUCACUGUGCUGAGCUUUCAUGAGGGGAUGUUUGCUCACAGCGAGAUAAAGUGGACUGCUCCAUAGCUUAUCAUUAUGACGAGAGGAGAACCAAACAGUCAAGAUCUGGCUUUGUAAACCAGCCCAACACACAAAGUAGUAGUUGGGAAUUCAAAAAGCUGUUGUUGAAUAUUUGGUAGACAAAGGCAAAAACUCCCAAGUUGCCACGUCAGUGUGUUGUAGACAUUCUUCAAAGCUGAUUAAGGCAGACCGUCUUAGUUUGGUAGUUUCCCUUUCCUAAAUAGCACCCAUUAGUGUCUUUUGCACUUAAUUCACUUCACAUUGCUACAUAAGUCGCUGUAAAUCUAAAAUGAUUCAUGUGAUGCUGUGCUUUUAUUCAUUGUAGAUAAGAUGUGCAAUAAUUCAACUAUAGUGUGUCUGAUGUGAGAGUGAGUGGACUGAGAGGAUGAGGCUGAAGAGUGAAAUCAUGAGAUGGAUUUGUAUCAAAAAGCAUUCCUAGUCUGUCUGUGCUUAAAUUAAUAUGUAGACUGUCCGCUGUUUUUGUUACAUUAACAAAAGAGUAACAGCAUCUGCGGCUCGUUGUGUGAUGCUGCAUGUAUGAAAGGUUGAUAUGUGUGAAUAGAGGUCUGUUCUUUCUGCUCAAAUAAACCAGGCCCUCAUUAGUAAAGGUAUGUAUGAUAAAUGUGUAUAUUAUUUUCUAUUACUAUUACUUACUAUUUCCUGGUACAUCCCAACUUGCUGAGGAAACACUGACACCUAGAGGUGGAAUGUAAACAACACAGAACCGAGGUUUAUACCAGUGUUUCCCAGCAAGCGUCUCAAGAUAGAUUUUAGAUGUUGUUAUUCAUCAAUCCUCUUACUGUUUAAAUUUAAGAGUUUAACCAGUGGACAUCAACAUUUUGGUUGAAAUGCUUGCAGUUCCUAUAUGUAUGCGAGGGGUCAUGAGUAGACAUUGCCUCAUUUGAAAUGGUGACAAGCCGUAAAUGUUUAAACCACUGAUCCUAAUAGAAUAUCUGGUAAAAACUUUGACUAAAAAAAGGAAAAAUGACAAGCCUUCACUUUUCUUUUCUUUUUUUUUUUUUUUUUUUACAAUUAAUUUACACAAACAAAAGGCAGAUAAAAUGAAUGGUUUCCUUAAAGUCAGUCCACAAAUAUUUCUUUCAAAUUUUAUUUCAUGUUAAUACCAUAAAUAUACAAAACUCAAACUAUUUCACAUGCGACAAAGGCCAGACAAGAGUGCAUUACGUUUUCUUUUUACACGUGAUUGAUAAUGGGGAUCAAAUUUUCAACUUUACAAAAUAUACAAGUGUCCCUUUUGAAUGAGUUUCUUCUCUGAUUCAGUGAAAUAACAUGGUCACAGGUCAAAAACACAGUUUUGUGUCAGCAAACUUCAAACACGUCUUCCUGUACUGCAGACCAGCUCUCCAAAUACAUAAAAAAAAUGACCCACUGUGGCAUGGCUUCAUAUAACAACUGCUUCAAACUAUAGAUACAUGGGAAUCAUGUGGGUUUGUGUAGCAAAGAAAAGUUGUGUAAUACAUUAAAGUGAAACGUAGUAAGGGAACACAUCACAGACCAAGAUUUAAAAACAAAUCUGUAUGGACAUUUGGUAGAUCUCUCACAGCUUCUCAGGACUUGAAAUAACACUUGAGGGAAUUUUGUUUUUCUUCCAUACCAAUCAUACACA